UCUGGUACACGAACAACCACUUCCAGUAACGUUCGAAACGCAGCACGCAAUGGAUCUGUACUACCACAUUCGUUCGAUGCCCUGCCAACCGGUGGUGUUUCUCGCCAAACACAUGGGCCUUGAGCUGAAUCACAAAAUAAUCAGUAUCUACGAUCCGGUUGAUUUCGAGGCACUCAAAAAGGUCAACCCGCAGCAACACACAAUCCCGACGCUGGUGGACAACGGCCACGUGGUGUGGGAAUCGUUCGCCAUUCUGAUUUAUUUGGUGGAAAAAUACGGCCUCGACGAUAGCCUCUACCCGAAGGAUCAUGCCGAGCGAUCGGUCGUCAACCAGCGGCUGUUUUUCGACAGUGGCAUACUGCGGAACCAAACAUUGCAGAACUUGAUGCGGCAUAUGCGCAACAAACCGAUCCCGGAAGAGGACAAAAGCAAACAGCAACGUGCGGUCGAGCUGCUGGAGACGUUUCUCACCGGCAGCACGUAUGUUGCCGGAGAGAAGCUGACGAUUGCGGACUUUUCCAUCUUUGCCAGCGUUUGCGGGCUCAGCAUGAUGCAGUACGAUAUGGUUCCGUUCCCGAACAUCUCUCGGUGGUUCAAACAGACGUCAACUCACAUCCCGGACAUUGAGGCGAUGCGUAAACGGAUCGAAACCGAUCUGCAAGCCUUGCUGGCCUCUCUUAGCUAGCCUUUCGGCAGCUAACUCUUGCGACAGCUUUUCAGCAGACAUCUGAGAAGUGUUGUUGACAUCAGCAUAGCUGUAUUCUGCCCCAUUGCACACCUUUAGGGUGACUUGCACAUCACCGAAUCGGUAUCUAUCGUAGAGAUAAGAUAAGGCUC